AUGGCGGAUUCGUCGGAGCAGCGCGAGCUUGACCUCGUCGACAAGGUCGACUUCCGCAUCUUGGAAGUUGCUAACAAUGAGGCCAAGUUGGAGCAGCUACUUUCGCGGUACCUAGCGCCGCUGAUCCUCAAGGCGGGGAGCUCGCACGCGAGCGUGAGGGCCAAGGUUAUUGCGGUGUUGAAACGAGUCACCACAUUUGUUCAACCACCAGGAAUCGUGCUACCCGUGGCGGCGUUGGUGGAACAGUUCAAGUCGAGCUCUUCGCCGGUUGUGAAGCAAUUUGACUUGGUCUUUAUUCAACACAGCCUUCCCCGUAUGGAUGUGGUAGAUCGGAGGGACCUCUUCUCCAAAGUGACCAAGGAUAUCUCUCACGGUGACGCGGAUGCCUCUGGCCCUAGCGACGCAGGGCUCUUCGACGUUUUCCUGAGGCUGCUCGCUGACGCCAGGUUCCCCGGGAGGGGUACAAAAGACGACGUGGAGCUGCGAGAGACCCUCGGCCUGUCCGACAGCGACGCAAAGUACCUCUCCAAGUGGUUGGGCAAGGUUUUGCUCCUUAAAUCCGCCGGUGCUGGUGCCAACGCCGAAAAGCUGCGGAGCGUGAACCCGGCGCCUGCGUUUACGAAUUCGGAGCUGGAUUUUCUCGUCCCUAUCCAUCGGCCAGUUUCCCCUGCAUUCACCGCUAUCUCCGAUUUGAGGUUGAAGGCCGUUACCUUCCUCGCGAGUGGCGCAUUCAAAGAUGAAGAGCGGUUUAUUCCUGCCCUGUAUGCUGCGUCGGCUCCUGAUUCUAGGUCGCUCUUUGACUCUCACUCGAGGCUUGGCCCCGCCUAUCGGACGCGAAUCCUCAACAUUCUAAGUAAAUCCACCAUCUCUACCACGAUGACCAACGAGAUCCUCCGAGCGGCGAAGCUCGACAUUGAACCUGCGGAUGACAAUAGCGCCGAACAAUCUCAACGGCAGGGCACUCUGGAGCGUACCAAGCUGCACCGCGCUCUCUUUCAGUACCUGCGCUGGGCUGCUACCGUCGGCCCCUCCAAGGGUGACUUCGAUAUCGGUUUUAGGCUCCUGGAGAAAAUGCAGGAUUUCAUCGUGAGCCAAGGCUGGCCCGUCGCCGAAAAGACCUCGGCAGACGACGUCGCUCUACGUUCCCUAGCCUACGAGAGCAUCGGUAUACUCGGAAAGGUAUCAAAAAUGACGGAGCAGCAGCGCUAUGCUCUUGCAGGAUGGAUGUUUCGGUCACUAGCAGAGGACCCCGAUCCAGAAGUCGUCGUCAACAUUGACGGCGCCAUGUCCAUGCUGACAGCGCUUUACCCUCCCGAUAAAGAGGCUUCUUCAUCCAAGGUCGUUGGGAUCCGCACCAUGCUGCUAACGCAUAUGGAAGCCAAGGUCGAGGCGCCCGUUGUCCGCAGCGUCCGCCAUGCUGCCGUGAAAUGGGCCAACAAGUGCUUGCCUUUUGAUUCCGUCCAUGCGCGGUGGAUUGAUAUCCUUGCCGUAGGGGCUCGCCCAGACGAGAGAAGCGAUGUGGUGGAAGAAGGUCAAAAGGGACUGGACCCGUGGGCUCAAUACGCGCAUUCUUCUGGGGACGAGGUCAAACUUCCGGAUUGGAAGACUAUGCUGGUCACGUAUUUUGCCACCAGCUCUGACGGGAGUGACGGUGCUAGUAAGAGGCAGAGCAGGGAAGACGAGAUGGAUGUGGAUCCUGAGUACAUACCCGAGUUUCGAUUCUCCAAGGAUACGAUGGCAGCGUUGCCCGUGGCUCUCGAUUACUGCAAGCAAAUGCUUUUCCUCGCGGCGCUCAAGGAUUUCAAAAUGGACCCCGACUGGACAAGAAACCUGCAGAAUCUUGUCAAGACGGAUCUGAAGACCAGAUCUGAAAUCCGCAGCUAUCUCCGCGAGCAGCAAGAAGAUGUUCACAGCGUGUAUUUUCUGAAGCACUGUUUGGACGGCUUUGAGCUUAAGAACGAGGCCGCCAUCGAGGUCUGCGCGCGCUCCUUUGUGGACGUAGCUUCUCUUUGCCCUUACACCGCCGUCGCCUACCUCGCCCAUAUGGCCCCGCGACUUCUACCCCUGAUAAAAUCGAACAAGAAGGAGCUGCGAGUCCUCGCUGCCGAGGCGUUUGGCAUCUUCGCGGCGCACCCUGCCAACGAUGCCGAAAGGCUGUCUGAACUAGCGGCGCCCAUCCUGGAUCUGACGAAGGGCAGCGAGGACAAGUUCGGCGCAGAGCUCAACGCGGCCGAGGGAGCCACCCUCGCCUUUGCUCACCUCUGCUCUGCCCUCGUCUUCUACGGACGCUCAGUGCCGGCGAGCCUGACGUACCCGCUAGAUCUGCUCGUCAAGGAGCGCAUCCCUGCCUCCCUCAAGGAAACCUUGCUAGAAGCGUUUGCUCGGCUUUGGUCCGCAGGUCUGGCUGUUCCUGGUGACGCGUCGGGCGUUGCGGCCAAGGAUGUGAUCGAGUUGCUGCUUGGUUUGGCGAAGAAGAGUAAUGAAAGAGCCAUCUUGGCCCUGGGCAAGCUCGCCAUUGCCCUCAAAGAAGAGGACACCGAGACCGCGUGGAACGAAGGAUUGAUCGGAUCUAUUCUAAAAGGUCUCUUUGACCUCUAUGAAACCAAACAAGCCGAGGUCCACUUCGCCAUUGGCGAGGCUAUUGCAACUGUUGUCGGUCGCUGGGAGGCCAACUGCGUCAAGCUAGGCCUCAAUGUAGACAGCCGCGACACCGCUUUCGAACAGCCUCAUCGCUCCGCACACCUAAAGGGGGUCAUCGACAAGUUUAUACAAGACUGCAAGGGUACGAAGCCUUCUCUACUAAAAGCUUCGGGUAUUUGGCUCUUCUGCAUCGUGCAGUAUUGUUCGCAUCUCGAGGAAGUUAAAUCGCGUCUGCGCGAGAUCCAGGCCUCCUUCAUGAGGUUGUUACACACCAGAGACGAACUGACUCAGGAGACGGCGUCAAGGGGUCUCUCCCUCGUGUACGAAAAGGGAGACGAUGACGUCCGUGGCCAGCUUACCAAGGACCUUGUCUCCGCAUUUACUGGUACGAGCACGACCCUCAAGGUUGACGAGGACACGGAGCUUUUUGAUGCCGGCGCUCUACCCACAGGUGACGGUAAAUCGGUCACCUCGUACAAGGACAUUGUCAAUCUUGCAUCCGAAGUGGGUGACCAGACACUCGUCUACAAAUUCAUGUCUCUCGCUGCCAAUGCGGCCAUGUGGACGACCCGAUCGGCGUUUGGGCGGUUCGGCCUGAGUAAUAUCUUAUCCGAGUCCGAGGUCGACCCGAAACUUUACCCCAAGCUCUACCGCUACCGUUUCGACCCGAACCCAAACGUUCAGCGGUCGAUGGAUGACAUUUGGAAGUCGAUCGUCAAGGACUCUAACUCCGUUCUAGAGAAGCAUUUUGACGCCAUCAUGGAUGAUCUACUCAAGAGCGCCUUGGGUAGGGAAUGGCGCAUGCGUGAGGCGAGUUGCGGCGCCAUUGCCGAUCUGGUGCAAGGCCGGCCGUUUGCCAAGUACGAAAAAUACUACACGGGAAUCUGGAAGGUGGCGCUGAGGCUCAUGGACGAUGUCAAGGGAAGCGUAAGGGCUGCGGCGUUGAAGCUUUGCAUCGGGUUGUCUAAUGGCUUGCUCCGACUGCUCGAGGAAUCCUCGACCGGGACCUCCGUCCAAGCAAUGCUGAAGGAGGUGAUUCCAUUCCUUCUAUCCAGCCAAGGCGUUGAUAACUCUGUUGAGGAUGUCAAGCUAUUCUCCACCCUGACUCUUAUCAAUAUUGCGAAGAAGGGAGGUCGGAACCUGCGUCCGUUCAUGUCGGAGAUGAUUCCCCAGCUCCUUGGUCUAUUAAGUACUAUUGAACCGGAACAAAUAGGCUUUUACUACCAGCGUGUAGGAGAAGGCGGCCGGGAGCUUAUCGACAAGCGCCGCGCUGCGAUGGUGAGCCAGUCUCCCAUCUCGGAAGCUAUAGAGAACUGCCUGCGCUUCGUGGAUGACGAGACUCUGGUUGAGCUGGCACCUACCCUAGAAGCAACCAUCAAGUCUGCGCUAGGAAUGCCCACCAAGAUUGGUUGCGGCCGGAUGCUCAUCACACUCUUCUCAACCCACAUCAACGCGAUGAAGCCCUUGGCGGCGCGAUUCCUCCAGCUCAUGGAGAAGCAGACGCUCGACAUCAACGAUGAGGUGAGCAAGUCGUACGCGCGCGCUACGGCGUACAUUAUCCGGGCGGCGCCGGCGGAUGCCAAGGAAAAGUUUUGUCUCAAGUGCAUCGAUCUUUACUUUGGCGCAGAGGACGAGCGAAGGAGGCAAAAAUGGCCGACCCUGCUGCUGCCUUUUGCGUACUUUGCAUCCAACGACGUGGACCAGUACACGCGGACGGCGUUUGGCGUGGCAUGGGAUCAGCAUGCCGGCGGGAGUAGGACGGUUGCCUGGCACCUCUCCGAGAUUGUAACACUCGUGGUUCGUGGGUUGGAUGCCCCUAGGUGGAGCCUCCAACACACGGCGUGCUUCACGAUUGCCACGGCGGUGGAAGCACUUGCAGGCUCGACGGAGGCGACGGGCCAGAUCAGCGAGGCCAACCUCAAGGUCGUCUGGCCUGUUUUUGAGCGCGCUCUCGCACUCAAAACUUUUGACGGCAAGGAGCGUCUCCUCGGUGCGUUCCCCGCCUUUGUGGACAAGGGUGAGGCGCUGUGGAAAGACGGCGGGGCUGUGGCCUCCCAGCAGCGCAAGAUUGCUUUGCGCGAGGCCAAGCGCAACAACGUGGGAUACAAAGUUCACGCGUACGAGAGCCUGUGGAAAUUCUGCAAGGCGCGGAGGGACCUGGAGCUACUCGACGACGUCAUCGAUGUGGUGCAGCCGGCGCUCGAUGAGUUUGAAGAUGAUGCCGCAGGCGAGGGGACGGGGACAGGCGGGGACAAGAUGGACAGGAUACAACCGAGCCGAGAUGGCAAAGACCCGGUCCCCUCCCUCUCCACAAUCCUCAAGACACUGAAGCCGUACAUUGGAGACGCCAAGUUCUCGCUCAUCCGGCGCAAGGUGUGGUUUACCGCGCUGGUGGAUGUCAUGGACGAUGCCAAGGGCAAGGCGGCGGCAGGCAAGGACGAGACGGCGCUGGCCAAGGGUUACUUUGACACGCUGAGCCUUGAUGUGGUAGAGGCCGGGACGGAGGCGCAGCGGGUGGAGAGGGCGAGAGCCGUCGGCGCGGUGGCGAGCGGUAGGUUGGAGCAUAUUCUUGCGGAGGAGAGGAGCAUGACGGUCAAGGAUGCGUUGAAGAAGGCGUUGGAGGAAACGAAGUAG